CACACACACACACAGGCACAUGAAUGACCUCCCUCCUCCCGUCACACCGCUCUCCCCCCCCCGCCCCCAACAAACACUUGGUAGGUCCGGGACGGAGCAUCAUGGCGAUUGACGGAGGGGGGAGGAACUGUGGUGUUCAUGAGCUCAUCUGUGCCAGACGAGUCUCUCCCGAGCUCCUGGGUGUCCUGUCUUCCAUCGCAGCCUUCAUGGUGUUGAUGGCUGUGUUUUUUCUUUACCUCAGCAACAAGCUGUCAGUGGAGAGUCCCGACGAUCUGUCACACCUCGGCGGCUAUAAGAGCAACCAGCCAGUGCCUCUCAUGAGCUAAUCUAGCGGUCAGCGUGGUGACUGGAUACCCGGCUGAGAGAUGGCCUUCUUCAAGAGCUUCCAGACCAACCUCCCAUCUGUCAACAUUUCCUCCAUCUUGGACUCGGUCACCAGUCGCGUGGACGACCUGGCCAACGCCGUCAGCGACGCCACUUACGCCGUCAGCGACCAACUGACAGAGCAGGUCACCACGAUCAUCAACAAGGUGGAUGAAGGGGACAACACUGGCAGCCAGGGAGGUGGUCAGACCGCCGCCGGGCAGGAAAACAAAUCCAGGAAUAAUAGCAUAUGGCAAAUGGCUAGAGAGUCAGAAACGAGUAACACAGUCGUGAAGACCAACCAGGCGAGUGACACCGCAGAGGCCGAGUCCAACGCGAGCCAGCUGGAGUGGGAAUGGAGGGACGGAUGCUGGCGAGUUAAGAAGACAGAGGCCGAGUUAGCGGAGGAAGAGAUGAAGAAGCAAGAGGAGAAGGAGCAGCAGGAGAGGAAAGAGCAGAGGAGAAGAGAGAGGAGGGAGAAGCAGCUGGAGAAAGAGGGCAAGUUAGAGAAGAACAGAGAGGAAUCCCAAAAUGGAGAACAAGUGGAGGAACCAGGUGACAACGGCGCAUCAGACAGAAAGGCGAGCGACAGUGGAGACCAGCAAAGAGCCGAUGACUGCGACGAACCUCCCGAGACUAAAAGCAGCUCAUCAAAGGAGAAGAAGCAUCAAGUAGAGGAGGAGGAGGAGGAACAAGAGGAAGCGAUGGAGGACAGCCUCGAGAGAGAGGGAGACGACGAGGAAGACGCCGAGCUCUCGAAGUCCUCCUCAACGGUGAAAAAGAAAAAGUCCGAGAAGAAGAAGGCGAAAGGAGCAAAGAGGGGUUCGAAGAAAUCGCAAGAUUCCUCGGACGCGGAGAAAGUGAAAGGAGGAAAGGAGAAAGUGAAGAAAAGCAAGAAGAAAAAGAAAAAAAACAAAGAGGGAGUCGUAUCAGACAGCGAGGAGGAGAAAGGCCCCGAGGCUGUGGCCCAGCAGAACACGACCUCGGCGUGGAGCAGCAAACACAAACAGUCCAACGAGCAGGGAGGCUACAGCAGCGAGGCCUCCAGUGAGCGAGCCAGCAGCAUCCAGAGAAUCAGGAAAGAUUCGUCACUGAACGAGCACAAACCUCCCCCGUACCAGGACGAGGGCUCAGCGGCGCGAGUCUCCUCCCGUUCCCGCUCGGAGCGAGGGGUCAGGCGGGGCACGUCCCCGCAGCGCGGCGACAGCGCCCGCUGCUCCAGCGAGGCCAGUGUGGACCAGGACACCGAGAGCUACCUCAACAAAGGCUGCGAGGAGGACAUACCCAGUGACAGCACGGCUGUGCUGGGACCAGAGGACGGCUCCGGUCCUCAGCUCCCGACAGCCUACGAGCCGGAGGCGCUCGGCAAAUACGGCACGCUGGACGUCGCCUUCGAGUACGACUCCAGCGAGCAGUACUUGGCCGUCACGGUCACGGCAGCGACAGACAUUCCUGCCCUUAAACAGACGGGCAACAUCGCGUGGCAGGUCCACCUGGUCCUGCUGCCCACCAAGAAGCAACGGGCCAAGACGGGCGUGCAGAAGGGUCCGUGUCCCGUCUUCACGGAAACAUUCAAGUUUUCCAGGGUGGAACAGGAGGCCCUCGGGGACUACGCCGUUCGCUUCCGCCUGUACAGCAUCAGGCGGAUGAAAAAGGAGAAGGUCCUGGGAGAGAAGGUGUUCUACCUGACUAAGCUCAACCUGCAGGGCAAGAUCGCUCUACCUGUCACCCUGGAGCCGGGCUCUGAACUCACAGGUUGCGGCUCUCUGGUGAGCGUCUCUCGCAGCGCCGGUGCUCUGUCAUACCGCUCCACCGAGGACUCAUCCUUGCCAGAGAUCCUCCUGGGUCUUAUUUAUAACUCCGCCACGGGUCAGUUAUCUGCUGAGGUCAUCCAGGGAAGCCACUUCAAAACCACAGCGUCUGAUAAACCCGUCAACGGUCUGUUCUGUUGUAUCAAACACUUUGUAGGCGGGCAGCUUUACAUCAUGAGAGACACCUACGUGAAGCUGACCAUGCUGGACUCCAAGGGGAAAGAGAUGUCCAAGUGCAAGACGGCCGUGUGCCGCGGCCAGCCCAACCCCACCUACAAGGAGACGUUCGUGUUCCAGGUGGCGCUCUUCCAGCUGUCCGAGGUGUCGCUGGUGCUGACGGUGUUCUGCCGCCGGAGCAGCAUGAGGCCCAGGGAGAGGCUGGGCUGGGUCUCCCUGGGCCUCAACAGCUCCAGCGAGGAGCAGCAGGCCCACUGGACAGAGAUGAAGGAGGCGGAGGGACAGCAGGUCUGCCACUGGCACACACUGACCGACACAUAGGAGGAGGAAGACUUACGAAGACUCAACAGCAUUCCCUGAACAGUCAAGCUUCGUCCGACAGUCGUGGUAUCGAUCGCAGGAAUAAAAGACAGAAAAGAACGAGGCUGUAAGUCAGAUAAUGUUUUAACAACUGAGUGUUUUUAUUUUCCACUUGUCUGGCCUUCAAUGGUUUUGUUUGACGUUCGUCAUCAGUCUGGUACAGCUCGAGCAGCGUUGCAGGUGGCUGGAGAACAUAGUUUGACAACUCCCUUACACCUUCCUUCCAAAGGGGGGGGUGAUUUAUCCUGCUCUAGGCCAGGGAAAACCAGCUGUGCCACAGAUCUUAGAGGGAGGGCGGGUGGACGGCAGGGAUUGGAGGAGGCUCCAAAAUACCAGCCGACCCCCGUCUUAUGCCCCGAGGACGGGCUGAGAGUCAGCCAGGUAAUUACGGAGGCACCUGGAGCUCCAAUAAAAGUGUUAGGAUGGAACCAGACAGGCUGGUUUUUCAAGUCUGGUGCAGCAGAGUGUAAUUUAAUCUAUAUUUCCAUUUUAUAAUUAACAUAAUUUACACGUAAUUAAAAAUCUGGCACUUGAUUCGACCCCUUUUGAGUGAAAUAUGCUCAAUCGAAUAUUUUUAUAUUUCACUGCAGGGGCCCGGAGAGCAACACCUGGAGCAGGUCGGCUUCAAAGACGCUUUAUGACAGCGUUAGAGGUCGAGCGGGUCAUCUCGCUGGCUGAUCUCAGGUCAGUUUAAGUUCUCCCUCCAAAAUCGUUCAGUGGCAACAAGCUCGUUUUCCUCGGGCCGGCUGACGGAUCAAAUCGAGUUUGCGUACACGGGAUCAGGAAUAAUAAUAAUAAUAAACUACAAUGUCUCAUAAUUUUAUUGAAUGUGUCAUUAUCAGUUUAAAAAAAAAAUCUUUUUUUAAUAAUAUAUUCAAUAAAUAUACAGGAACCAUGGACUUAUGAGUCUUUGUUUCAUAAAAGCAUCCUCACACCUACUUCUUUUUUUUUUUUUUUUUAAGAUUAAACUUUUGUUCAGAUUACAGAAACUAAGUCUGACGAGGUCAAAUGAACGACUUUGGAUCUCCAAUACGUGACGGGAAGGGACUCCUGGUAAAAGUACCGUGGAUUACUGGGUUCAAUCAUUCACACUGUGCACCCUGGAAAUGAAACUGUAAAGCAGCAGACGUCGUACCUAUUUGGCAAAAGAAAACAUUCAUCAAGCAAUGGUAAAAAAACAAAAACAAAGUGGAACCAAUGUGGCGACACCGUAAAGUGACGUUUUCUGUCUGAGCUGAAGGAGUUCUACACAGGAGGGUGACGUGAACGCAGCGGGACGUAUCUAAUACUUCUGGGAGUAGUUCAAACUUUUGGGAAUUAUGUUCAUUUGCUGUCUGGUUGGAGAGUUUGAGCUGAUCGCGGCCGUUCUAGUCACUGUGGUCGGUUUUCAGGAGCAGCUGCGAUCAGUCUCCAUCGAUCAGCACAGAGCCGAUCAAGGAAGAGCAUAGAGAAGCUGGUCGGUUUUCAAAAUAAAACACUGUGUACAAGCUUCAGAUGGCGUUGAGCAUUCGCUUCUCUCCUUGGUGGGGUUUGAAGUCACGUGGACCAAUACCAAUAGAGUUUCAGUGUUAGAUAGCUCAGCACAAAGACUGGAAACGGGUAAGCAGCUCGUUGUUGUUACACGGAUUAACAUAAACAAGAUAUCGCGUGUUAUUUAAAGAGCUUCAAAGAUGCUGCUACCUUUGACUGGAAAUGGGUAAACUGCUUUUGUGUUUCGUAUAAAUUAAAAACAGGAUGUGUGUUAAUUUAAGAGCUUCACUAACUCUGUCCAGAGCCAGGCUAGCUGUUUCUACCCGUUUCCAGUCUUUAUGCUGUGUUGUUUCAUAUCUAAUGGGACAGAUCGGAGCAAAAACAUGUUCACAAAAGCUCAAACUAUUCCCGUUAAAUCUAAAUUUUCUUAAUCCUAAUAGCACAUUUAACUUCCUUUUAUAACUAACGACCUUAAUUAAAACAUCCAGUGUUGAUUUUGGCAGCUGUGAUUCUUGACUUUGUUGCACUUCAGUUAAGGGGACGUAGUAGUAACCCAUCGAUCAGUUUCAUAUUAUUACAUUUAAAAACGUGACUACUUCAACCGUGGACCAGUUUUUUACAAACAUUAGUAAACACCCUAUAAGCGUAAAAAACAGACAGAUCCUGUAAGCGUAACAAAAAAAAAAAAAAAGGUGGCUGGUUUUCAUGACAAAUUCGAGGCAUUAUGGUGACCGCUGAAGUGUGGAUUCCUUCUCGAACACGUGACACUACUUGAACAUGAUCGGGCCGAGCUGUUUUUAAACUCUUCAGUCGAGGUCCUGUAACGUUCUCAGACGGGUCUGUGUCUGAGCUCCCAACAGGCGGAGGUUCGGGGUUUGUUGUUGUUCGACAGAUUUACACAUUUAAACAUUAAAAAAGAAAA